AUGCCUUGAACUUGGAAAAAAUCUGCCACCAUUUUUUUUCUCUUUUCUGCACAAAUGUGGAGCACCCUUCCCUUUGAUGUUCUAGCUAAAAUCUUCUCCUUCCUCUCCCCAGACUCCUUGGCAUGUGCCAGGUCGGCUUGCCGGCAAUGGCACACGUGUGCCAGGACAUACCCCUCGACCCUGCCUCAACACCACCAAGCUUGGUUCUUGGCUCUGCCAACUCGCAACCGUGGCCAAUGCUGCUAUGUCCAUAAUCCGGUGGUCGACAAGUGGCACAUGCUCUCACUUGGUUUCUUGCCCGACCCGAUUCGACCAGUUGCAUCUAUUGGUACCCUCAUCCUUGUAAGGCCAACGAAUUGUACAAUCCUUCAAUUAGCUCUAUGUAACCCGUUUACUAGGCAAUUUAAGUACCUUCCAAUGUUAAACAUCACUAGGACCAAUCCAGCCGUUGGUGUUGUAAUAUUAGAGCCAGGCCAACCUGGUCCAAAUCCAGAUUUUAGAGUUUACGUGGCAGGUGGGAUGUCCGAAGCACCGCGUGGCGGUGCCACGUAUGAGGCCACGCUGGAAAUGUAUGACUCAGUGGAUGACGCGUGGCAUAUCAUGGGGUUCAUGCCUGUGGAAUUUGCAGUGAGACUAACGGUUUGGACACCAAAUGAGAGUGUAUACUCCGACGGAGUAUUGUACUGGAUGACUUCAGCCAGGGCUUACAGUGUGAUGGGGUUCCAUCUCGGUUCCCACACAUGGCGAGAAUUGAGUGUUCCGAUGGCAGACAGGCUGGAAUUUGCUGCACUGUUGUGGCGCAAUGGGAGGUUGACACUUGUCGGCGGCACUUGUGGAGAGGACGCAUGUAUAUGGGAGCUGACGGAGGGAGAUGGUUGGGGCUUAAUUGAGAAGGUGCCUAUUGAAUUGGGGGUAAAGUUUUUGGGUGGGAAGAGGAGUUGGGGUAGUACUAAAUGUGUGGGCAGUGAGGGGGCCAUUUGCUUGUACAGGGAAUUUGGGUCAGGAAUGGUAGUUUGGAGAGAAAUUGAGGAAAAGGUUAGAUGGGAAUGGUUUUGGGUUGAAGGGUGUCAUUUCAUUAGGGACAAACAAGUGCAAAAUUUGCAAAUUAAAGGUGUGUUCCUUUACCCAAAUCUUGCUCCAUCCUGCCUUUUAAGUAUAUAAAUGAGAUCAAUACUUUUAUUA